CGCUAAUUCUUAGCUAUACCAUAAUCAUUUGGCUUUCGACUCAUUAGUCAAAAUGGCAAUUUCGAGCAAGAAAGUUAUUUGGACUGUCUUCGUGGCAGUGACAUUACUAUCCAGCGGCAGCCUGUGUUUCCCAUCUUUGCAGUUUCUUUCGGAGGAGGCCGCUUUCGCCACCAAGACCAUGCAAAGCGACACCACUAAACUAAGUCUUCAUCUUAUAUCACCGAGGGACGCGGACAUCUUGCCGUCUUAUUCAGUCCGCGCACGCCCACGCGCGCACGGCAACUCGUCCUUGCCAACGCGCCAGCGCAGACAGGCUGCUGGCUGUCAACUCGUCGACAGAAGAUAUCAAAUGCAGCUGGCUCUGUCGCCAACAUCUGUCACGACCGUGCCCUACGGAACUCAAGAUGGGGAGGUCAUAACUGCUGUUCAUGUGAUAAGCGCGAACAGGCCGGAACUCGUCCGUUUACGUUUCGGUGCCAGUCUAUAUUUGGCAACUGAUGAGGCUGGAAAUCCGUCAAGUUUCUCCGAUACACCUAAUAUUACACACAUCAGUACGCAAGACCGCACGCUCUGGUGCCAGCGAACGUUUGGUGUCCGCGGGGAGCAGUUCAGUCCAUUCAGUGACAGCAGCGUCACUGACAGCUGCAGUUACGACAGAUUCUUAGCUGUGAUAGAAGAGACGGGAACCAGCGGCGUGUAUACAGUCGGGUUCUCAAAUCACAGUAGAAGGAACACUUACUUCCGGAAACCAUGUUAACAGACCUUAUUAAACCCUUCACCCUUCCAAUUUUAAGUAAGGUAUUUAAAUUGUCAUGUCCGUGCCUUCUGAUGGUUGACGUUUCCAAUUAUCUAAGAGUGGUUUGGAAACUGUACGGUGUGUCUGACAGACAUCUGCAGACGUGAGGUUUAUAUAGUUGUAUUAUUUAAUUAUUAAAUUAUGCAUUGUUUGUAUUAUUAAAGAAAUUGACUGGAGUGGGGUUUGAACCCGCGACAUCCAGAUCGCAGUUCUGGUAAGCCUACUCCACCACCUAAGUUAUCUUGCUCUAUGUUGGCGGCUCCCCAUUUUGUCAAUGUUCAAGACUUUAUUUUAAAAUACAGCUAUAGUAGGGCCAUAGGCCUACUCACAUCAUAUGCCUCCAAACGCGAAAGUUUAAUUUUUGUAUUCUUGUCCCGCAGGGAAUGCAAAAAAUAUAGGUUUCACUGUAAAAUUUCGCAACUUGUUCAUUCUAUCAGAAGUUGUGCAUUCCAUUUCAGUAGAACCGUUUAGAAAGUGUGUGCUUAUCAGUUUGUUUCUGCAUUUAAUAGGGGACGUUGAACAAUAGGGGACAAUAGGGUCCCCAAUUCAGAAUCGUGUAGAUUCAGAAUUGUACCACAUUUUCAAUUAUUUCCAAACAAAUAAUACGGGGUGUCGGGGCAGGGAAGGGGGGGGGGUUCGCAUUUUUUUCAUGA